GUCGAGGCGUUCGGAUCGCAAGAUACGACGUAGUUUUAUUUAAAGUUGGAAUUUCCCUAGUUUCUAUUUCAAUUUAUGCUCAAACGGUCAAGUUGGUGAAGUUAACAGGAUGUCGGAAAUUGAUUACACUCGCAAUGUAUCACUCAGACUGUCUAAAGUACUUGAUGAGAUAGGAGUGAACGAAAGAAUGGUAAUAAAAAGAAGGCGACUACAGCUAAUAAAUGAAACAAUAUGGACGAUAGGACAACAAUUAGUAUUAAAUGAAGACAUGAAUAUAUAUUCAUUAGGUAGUAGAGUAGAAGGUACUACAACACUUGGUCUUCAUUCUGACGGAGAUUUACUCUAUACAUUACCAAAAUCCAAAGUGAUACAAGACUGGAGUGAAUGGGAACCUGGUGUAGAAAACCUGUUAAUGAUACAGGAUGAAACUGUAUCACCAGGAUAUUGCUUAUUACAGAUACUUAGAGAAGAUGCUCCACUUCCAGAAGAGAAUGCGUAUCAUCAGAACUGGUAUAGAGAUAGAAUAGGAAGAGUAUUAUUAAAGAAUUCAAUAGUAAAUAUCGGGGGAGGUGAUGAACGUGUUAGACAUGGUCCAGCACAAUCAAUGGAUGAAAGACCUGGUUUCUUUGGUAGAGACAUUGUCCUUGCAAUGACUUGUCAACAAUGGCCAUUACAAGCUAGACAAUGGAUUAAUCAGCAAGGUGAAGGUCAAUGGCCUACAAACGAUAUGAAACAGUAUUGUAAAGGCACGGGAUGUUUUGUUGUAGGAGUUGGAAGCAAAGGCAGUGUUAAUGAAGAACUUGAAUGGAGAAUAUCCACUUCCAUUGCUGAGAGAUUUUUAAUGUUCAGUCUCAAUAUAACACAAAUCAGAUGCUUUGUCUUAAUGAAAAUGAUUUUAAAAACGUUUAUAACCACACAAUGCCCUGAUAGCAUUUCAAGUUACAUGUGUAAAACGGUCAUGCUUCAUUGUAUUUCAAGUACAGACAACAAUGCUUGGAACGAAAACACCUUGCUCAUCUGUUUGAAUUAUUGUCUGACAGUACUUUACAAUUGUGUUAUUAAUGAUUACUGUCCGCAUUUUAUCAUCCCAGAGAACAAUUUAAUGUUGAGACGUUUUACUCCGGUAACAAAACAAAUCAUUCUAGAUAGACUUUGUUACAUUAUUAGCAGUAACGGAAGUGCUUUACUUGAAAUAGAAUGUGAUCAACUUGGGUCUAGAAUUGAAAACACAUUUUUGAGAUUAAAAGAGAUUGUUCCUGAACAGAUGUCGUGUUUGAUUUCAGGAGAACUGGUCAAAAAUGCUGCUUAUAUUGUCAAUGAUAAUAUUACGGUCUUGCUUAUAGAAACGAAUAAAAUCAAUCACAUUAGAAUUCUAUUACAAAUAUUAUAUAUAUACCUAAUGAAAUUAACUCAUGAUAUGAAUCAAGGGCACAAUAAAUUAGCAUGUAGUAAAAUAGCUAAAUUUCUAAGCAUGCAUUUAGGAUCUGCACUAGCCUCAAUUAACUUACAAAGUGAACGAGGUGUCUGCCGAAAGUCUAUUGUUUUGAUGACGUUAGGUUUAAACAUUGAUGUAGCGUCAGGUAAACUGAAACUAGCCUCAAUGUUCUUGUGUACUGGAGAUAUUGAGAGGACAGAAUUCAUUUUGAAAAACAUUGAAGAAGGUUAUGAUCUCAAUAUAGUUGAACAAGUAUGUAAGUGCUACGAUUUUCGAAAAACUAAACAUAAAAAGGCAUUCGAUAAGCUAUGUUACGAAACAGAUAAUGAAUAUACAUUGUUGCAGAGUACAACUGCAUCUUGUGUCAGGUUUCUACGAUGCGAAAUAAACUGCUGUCCCUGCGAACUCCAACAUGAAAUGUUCAGAUCAUCACAACAAGACCUCCCUUAUAGAGGUAAAAAAGAUAUAUGGAUGGAUUUGGCUGUAGUAGAUUCUUUGCCUUACUUAUACUUUUUACAGUAUAAGACAUAUUCUCAUCUUAGAAGACAUCGGGAUAAACAGGCGGCAAUUUCCAACCUUGCUAAAUGUUUUGUAGAGGAGCCAAAUUUCGGACACAGAGAAACAGCGCUUAACCUUCUAGGUCAGUGUAUGGAGCAAGAAAAUAGAAUGGAUGCGGCUUUAACGUGUUAUCUGUUAUCACUAAAAAUACGAGGUAGAAAUAACGCUGCAAAGCUUCAUAUCUGUAGACUUAUCUGCUCAAUGUUAGGUCCAGUCUUGCAAUAAAAUGAACAAAAAUUUACUUUUUGCUACUGCAAUAUGACAAUAUGAAUACAGAUACUUUUGUAGAAAGGAAUACCUGUCAAACAGUUUGAAGAAACAAUAAAAUAAAUGUUUACGUUUCAAAUAAAGUUUUUAUUUGAUUUAAGAUAUGAAAUAUCACAUUUUGACGGUGUGUGGUAAUUCUUAUGCAUUGAAGCAGAAGUUAUUGGUCGGAAGAAUUUUCUAUGUUUUGUCGACACAUUAAAGGGUAUUAGAAUUACAGCUAAAUACGAAAAUGUAAUAGAAACAAAAGUCUGUCAAAGAUGUAUUUUUAUCGUGUAUACAUUAAACAGGAAAUAAAAUAAACCCCAAAGUUAGAAUA